AUGCAAGUAGAAGAUAAAUUGCGUCAGUUCCCAUGCUAUAGAAAAAGGAAGCGUGAAUUGAAUAGCUCCAGUGUUCCAACAUAUACUUUCAAUUCGUCCCAAGUACGUGCCGGACAGAUGAGUCUUGCAAAGAACGUGAACACUCAAAAUUCAGAUUCUUACCAACAAUCUGUGGCCCCAGCCCCACCAACACCUCCGAAAUACUUUCUAGGAGAUCGACAACAGCAAGGGAAGAAAAAUAUCAAACCUAACCCGACCGCCGUGGCCACUGAUACACCUCACAGAGCCAAUGAACAAUCUACACAGGAAGGAACUGAAAUUGAAGUCGCAGAUGGAAAUCUUACGCUUGAGUUACCAGCAGCUGGUUCUACCGUCGAAAAACCACCAGACGGCGGUGUUGUUGCUUGGAAAAUAGUUGCCGCGUGUGGAAUUCUCAACGCAUGCAGCACCACAUGUGUACUAAUACUAUCAUUAAGCAAUUCGGGUCUGAAAAAGGACUUUGGCGAAGAUGUGAUUGACAACAUCACCACAGCAUGCUUGAAAAUUCAACAUCUAGCAGGUCUCGGUCUGGCUUGCUGGUACCUCUGUUCCUUAAUACCGAUACUGGAGUACUUUGAGAGAAAACGCCUCAGGGCUAUAACAAUAUCGAGACUGUGUGCUAUCGUUGUCUCCAUAAUCAUUUUUGCCGUCUACAUAGAUCUGCUAAUGAAAGGUUACAUGAUUAAUUGGAGAACCGCUUUUAUGUGCAUGUUGAUACCGGGAGCUGUCGGUCUGUCCGUGUCUAUAUACCUUCAGCCCUUGCAGCUGAAGAUGAAAGAAGACAAAGGCGGACGGACCUUUGUGGAAAGGACUCUAGGGAUCUCCACCUUUCAGCUGUUCAAAGACAUUACGUUUUAUUUAGUCAUGUUGGCUUUCUUUUUCGACCAGUUUGGUCGAGGCAUACCAGCAGAUUAUAUAAAUGCUCUGAUGACAGAUAAAUCGUUUACCUUGAUGGAGAACCUCAUUCAGAUCCUCCUACUCCCUUUCGGCACGCUGCUGGGCGCGAUUUCUCUUUUCUUCUGGAAGUCUAAAGGACUAAACGUCAGCUUACUGGUCUUUGGGUUUAUGGAUCUGUAUGUAGGGUAUCUAACGCUACAAAUGCCUGCCUAUGACAAGUAUGGAUGGGUCGCCGUCUACUCUAUCACAUUUGGGAUCACUAAAGUGAUCAUCAUCUCUCUCAUCGAGAACACCAUACCCGACACAUUUGGAGAUAGAAAUACUCGAAUUGUUGCAGGAUUCUUUGGAUUUUCAGCAGGACUCGGUGAGCUUGUCGCCUCCAUGGCAGCAGAGGACGCUAACAACAGAUACAAGAAAGAUGAAUACUCUGCAGCCUUCUAUUUGGCCGCCAGCACAAUACUCGCAGCUGGAGUGUGUGCACUUUCGUCCAGGUUUUUACUUAUCCGGAAAAUGAGUAAAGCGGUUGCUUCAGCAAACGAAAACGACGAUGACAGAGACGGAAAUGAUGCGAGCAGUAGUACAGGAUGUAAAACACACAAGGGGGAUAACCCUAAGAACAAUAAAAAUGAAGAUAUUGAUAUAACCGAUAUGGAAUAUGUUUAUUAG